AUAGAAACUACUGAAAGGGGAGUGACGACCAAAAUCGGCCGUAGCCACGGUCCACCCCGUAGGCAGGAAAACUAUAGCCCCUCCCUGCCGAUAGUUGGUACUUGGUGUAGCUGGUUGCUAGAAUUUUAGUAUGUCAGGCAGUACCCAUCUGCGUCAGGACAACUAGAUGAAAAGGAAUGUGUUGGAGGAACCACGGUAACUUAAUCUGUGGGCUCUGACAUCUGGGGCUAAUCGGAGCCCAUUGUAGACGAUGAGCGGAAAGUUUACAAAACUUUCUCACUCAAUUCCUGCAGUAGCAGCCUUCCGAUCUGGCUGGGCUCAUCAGGACAACUUUUAUUGAUCCAGCCUUCUUUUGAUCUAAUGCUUUGUGAAUGGUUACAGCGGAAAGUAAAGGGGGCCAGCAUGAGGAGAACCACUGUUUGCCGAAUGAUUUUAUUUACUUGUCUGUUAUCUUGUACCCUGGUGAUUGUUUACUUUCAAAGCACACUCCAGUCAGUUGAAAAAGCAAAACUCCACAGGCACCGCUUUCAUAGCAAGUCAGGACGAAGUCCUCUUCAAGCACUUUAUGACAGUGAUCAGUUUGAACAUAGUCCACUGCAGCUGAUCCAGCAAAAACGGCGUAGCUUGCUAAAUAAUGUCUGCAAAAUGUACACACGAAAGCGACGAGUCCUGACAACGGAAGACCUCAAACACCUCAUUGUGGAUGACAACCAUGGUCUUUUAUACUGCUAUGUCCCAAAGGUGGCAUGUACAAACUGGAAGAGGGUGAUGAUGAUCCUCAGUGGACAAAAUAAAUAUAGUGACCCUUUGAAAAUUCCUGCAAAUGAGGCCCAUAUUUCAUCAAACCUAAAAACUCUUUCAGACUACAGCACAAAUGAAAUUAACUAUCGUUUGAGAAAUUACCUCAAGUUCAUCUUUGUCAGGGAACCUUUCGAGCGGUUAGUCUCAGCCUACAGGAAUAAAUUCACUAGGAAGUAUAAUACAGCCUUCCACAAACGAUAUGGCACCAAAAUUGUUAAGCGUCAUAGGAGGAAUCCUACUUCGGAAGCUUUGGAAAAGGGAGAUGAUGUCAAGUUCAAUGAGUUUGUCUAUUAUUUGGUAGACCCCCAUACACAACGAGAAGAACCAUUUAAUGAACACUGGGAGAGGGUCCAUUCACUUUGCCAUCCUUGUAUUAUUCACUAUGAUGUCAUUGGCAAGUAUGAAACAUUAGCAGAUGAUGCUAGAUAUGUCCUGCAGCUUAUUGGUGCUGACAAAACUGUGAAGUUCCCCACAUCUUCCAAAUCUACAAGGACUACAGAUGAUUUGACAGCAGAAUUCUUCAAUAACCUCAGUCCGUUUUACCAAAAGAAGCUUUAUAAUUUAUACAGAAUGGACUUUUUAUUGUUUAACUAUUCUAUGCCUUCUUAUUUAGAUAUACGAUGAUUAUAAGCCCUUCACUGUCAGAUGUAUCGUUAAACCUGUAUCAAGGACAGAUUGUUUUUUUUUUCAAAAUGCAGUACCAGAAGUGACAUGUUGUUGACCACUGUAGGGUAGGAAGCCUACCCUGAAAUACUGUUAUGAAUUCUGGAUACCGAGCAAAGAACAAUUUAGUAUUAAAAUUUCAAUCGAAUAGCUAUAUCUCUGCCACUCAUCUGGAUCUUAAGAUGAAAUCCUAACUCUGCUGGUCAUGGUUGGGGUUUUGCCUAUCAAGCUAUCAGUGGUAUUAGACCACCAUCCUGGCUACCAUUGCUGGACAGAGUGAAAGGGUUGGGAAAAGAAGCAGCUGGUUAACCUGCAAAUAGCAUGUGUCAGAGGUCAUUUAAACGUGGGUGUCCACAUUAAGUUGUAGCAAGCACUAGUGAUGGGGGAUGGUGGCAUAUGCCAGUUUACACUGCUGUGGUAGUAUUUGCUGGAAAAAAAAAACACAUGAUCAGGAUAUGUGACUGAAUAAAAUAACAGUAUUUUCUUAUUUUUAUGACUGCUAUAUUAAGACUUUUCUGUUUAAAUAUUGAUUUUUUUUUCAAAUGGCAAUGACUUUUAAUGUAAAAGAAAUUUUUUUUUUUUUAUGGUUUUAAUACCUUUGUUCAGGAAGUAGCUAGUCUGUGUUAAAAAAAUACCUGUAUUUCAACUCCUUUCACUCCCAAGAAAUGUUGCUGUGUCUGUCAAACUUACAUUCUGAAUUAAUAAAAUUGUUUUGAGAGGUCAUUUUAGGAAGAGAGAGGUUAUCAUGUCCUGGACCUGCAUAACUCCAGUUGCAGCACCAAAUAUAACCACCUUAUGGCAUAAGAACAUAGUUUUGGUGCCUUUUUUAAGUCGAAUGUUGAUGUAGUAAAAAGGGUGCCAGUAUUAAUGUGUUAAAAAUGACAGUUCCGCAUAGUCAGGGAAACCUACUUUUUACAUAUCCCUAAUUAAAUAUGUAGAUGUGGUAAUGUGGUAAUUGUUGUCUGCUAUAAAAUGAAGUAUGAUUUUCUUUUAAAGCUUUUUUGUCAAAAAAAAAACGUUUUGCUGUCUGACAUGCAUGUUGGUACAAGUGUAAGAUUUUUUUUUAUAGAAUUGAACACUUUCAGACAAGGUGCUACAUAAAGAGAUUACUGAAUGAAUGUCCACACUAUUCACUGUGACAGUUGUCCUUCCUUGUAUUACAGAUCUCUUAAGUUGAGCAGAGCCAAGCCCUUGAAGUGAUAACAUUGUCAUUGUUUUGCUGGUUUACAGUACCCACUGGAGUCUGAAUAUUAAAUGAACACGUUUAAAAAUGUUUUUUUUUUAUGUGGUUAAGGGUCUUCACAGUAAAAACCAUUAGUCUCUGCACCAGCCAAUAUAUAAAUCAGACACUGUGAAAUCCUGCUUGCUUCUGUGUGAAAAUGCAUUUGGUCGAAUAAAAGGCAUCAAAGCA